AUGAAGCUAAUUAUUGGAUUUUUCUUUUUCCAUUAUGUGUUAGGUGGUUUGGUCCCCCAAGGUGUCGUUAACUAUGAACAUGGCUCUAUUGAUGUACUUACGUCUCCGGUGAAUAAUGCUUCUGAUGUGAGUCCUAUCAUUGAAAGCAAAGGGCCUAGUAUACCGUCAUCAGAUGAACACAAUGGCCCUUUCCAAACAAUAUACGUUAGCGAUUUGCAAGAUGUUGAAGAAAAUUAUUCUAAUCUCCUACAUGAAAAGGAGAAGAACCUUGUGUUUGUUUUGAAAAACUCUAAUACGUAUUUGAUAAGGGCCACAUCUGAUAGAUCCAAGCAAGAUACAUUCGAGAAUAUCGAUCAGGUUGGAACAAGCUCGAAUGAUGAAUUGAAUCUAGAGAAUCAAGGAUUCCCCUUUUUCAAAGACAAGAAGAAACCAAAAAAGGUUCCGUCUGAAAGGAAAGCAUCCAAGCAAAAUGACGAUGUUGAGUAUAUUGAAGUUGGUUAUGGGGAUCAAACCCAAGCCAAGUAUCCAGGGUUUGUUCCAGUGAGUUCCUGCCAAUCUCAAGAAUACGGCGAUACUGGAGCGAUUACUUUUGGUUGGACGGCAGGAUUCAGUGUGACUAAUUCUGCUUCGAUAGGUACUUCGAUUGCACUUGGGCUUUUUACAAUUGGGUUAAAUGCGGGCCUUGAACUAGAAUCCACCCUUAGUGUUGGUGGCUCAACUACCUGUUCUAUUCCCAAAGGUGUCAUUGGUCAAGUCCUCAUUAGACCCACAUAUGUGUCGGUUACUCCAAGAAGUAGAAGAGUUAAAUUCAAAAGAUCGGUGCAAAAAUUUUUAACUGAUGAUGAAUUCAAACAACAUGAUAAAAUUCAUGCAUUAUUACAAGGAAAAUCAUAUCAAGUUGAAUGCGCUACCAGUGACGUUGUGCCAUUAUUUUGUGAAGGGCAUAAGCUAGGAGAGUUAGAUUGGGAUAACCCUUUAGGGGCUGACUAUGAUGAAAAAGUGAAUAAAAAGGCAAUUGUAAUGAGCGAGUUAGACUUCCAUUAG